GUUAUCUUCAGUUCUUUAGUUGCAAUAUUCAAGUGUGGUCGUAUCUGAAAUGGAAUAAUAAAAUGAUCAAACGUAACUUAUUAGUUGUGGGAUUUGAGAUCUCACUGUUGUUUAGCUUUGUUGUUGGAUAUUAUAGGGGACACACUCUUAUUGCAGAUAAAACAUGCGCCGAGCUGCAAGUAAACAAUAGCUCCGUGAUAUGCGUCUGCAAUGCAACGUACUGUGACACUGUGACUAGAGAGGAGCCGCACCCUAGAAGAUUUAUGGUGUAUACUUCCUCCAAGGCAGGACUGCGGUUCAAGAAGUUCACAUCUAUCUUGGAGGUCUUCGAUUUGUGUAAGGUAACAGAAUGUUCUACAACCUUAGAACUCGAACCCAGAAAGAGGUAUCAGACGAUCCAUGGCUUCGGAGGCGCCAUCACCGAUUCAGCGGCCAUCAAUUGGAGCAACUUAAAAGAUGAAGAAUUAAAGCAGAAUUUAAUAGAAUCCUACUGCGGCGACAGCGGAAUACAAUACAACAUGCUCCGCGUGCCGAUCGGUGGAACCGACUUCUCACCUCGCUUCUACACAUACCAGGACUACCCCGAGAGAGACAAGGACUUAAGCAACUUCACACUUGCUCCCGAGGACUUGAACUAUAAGCUGCCGAUGAUAAAAGCCUGCAUGAAAGCGUCAAAUGAUUCAAUAGAUAUCCUAGGAUCGUUAUGGUAUCCACCUGCGUGGAUGAAGAGUACGAAAAAGUCGAACGGAAUUUCUUUCCUGGAGGAGGAAUAUUAUGACGCUCUCGCCCUGUAUCAUCUCAAAUUUAUCAAAGAGUAUUACAAACAGGGCGUUCCGAUUUGGGGCAUAACUACAACGAAUGAACCUUUGAGCGGGAUUACAAAACAUGCUAAUGAUAAUGUACUCGGCUGGUCGGUUUACGGAUUGGCAAAUUGGAUUGUCAAUUAUUUGGCACCAAAAAUAAAACGGUACGAUCCAAGCAUCAAGAUACUAGGAGUGGACGACCAGAGAUUUACUGUUCCACUAUGGUUCAAUGCGGCAUUAAAACAUGUACCGGAACUAGGGAGAGCUAUUGACGGGAUCGGACUACAUUACUAUGAAAACGAACUCGUCCCGCCCGAGAUAGUCGACCGAUGUUUUAAAAAUUAUCCUAAUCUGUUCGUUUUGUCUUCUGAAGCAUCUAUACAUUCACAAACGAAUAAUAAAGUAGAUUUAGGAUCGUGGGAUCGAGCUGAAAAAUAUAUCAAGAAUAUAAUUGAGGACCUAAAUCACAACUACACAGCCUGGAUCGAUUGGAACGUCUGUCUUGACAAAAUGGGGGGGCCUGUUUUGUCCAAAACCUAUCUGGACUCGCCCGUGAUUGUGGACCCUGAUGCAGGGGUAUUCUACAAACAGCCGUUGUUCUACGCUAUGGGUCACUUCUCAAAGUUCAUCCCUAAAGGUUCUAAAAGGAUCCAGUCCGUGGAGAAGUACAAUUGUGGGGAUCCCAUAAAGCAUGUAGCGUUUUCGACUCCCAUGAAUACAAUAGUUGUCGUUGUUUUUAAUGAUAAGAAUAAAGAGAAAGUGGUACGUCUGAAGCUGGGAUACAGCCAAGCGAAGGUCCUGUUAGAGAAGAAUUCGAUUGCGACAGUCGAAUUUCAUAAUGACGUAAUCGACGAAUCAUGUGACUGUGAGAAGUAGUUCAAUAAAAUUCUCAUAACUAUCU